AUGCCUUUGAUUGCCAAGAAUCAGGACCACAGUUUUCACGUCAAACAUAUCACAACUGGCAAGAAACGUGCAUGGGAUAACAGUGGUAUAUCUACAAAUGUAAAUCCAACAAAGAAUAUCGAAGCAGAUCUCAUGUCAAUCCUGCAUUACGGCCCUUACGCCGAACAAUUAUCCAAACGAUGCUUCAAACAGUUGGACAUCAGUUCCUGUCAAUUAUUGAACGAAGACUGGACGUUUUUACCUCAACUACGAUUUGCCUGCGCUCAAUUAAAAAAGCUAGCAUCUUGGCAAGCAAUCAAAAUGCAAACAAGUCGCGCGUCAAGUAUCUUUGCGAAUGACUUGCGACACCUCUCCAAUGUUUGUUGA